AUGUCGACAGCUGUAACAAUUACGGCUCCCAGCGUCAAGCAUAUCCUGCUGGAUUCGCUUGUCGUUAUGAAAAUUGUGAAACAUGUUGACAGCGAGCUUCAUGCUGGAAUCAGCGAGGUUUCUGGUGACGCAUGCGCCGGAGUUCUCACCGGUCUUGUUUUCCUGGAAGAUUCUCGUCUCGAGAUUACCAAUUGCUUUCCAACAGUUCGCAACGAACCAGUCAUUGACGAUGAUGCUAAUACUCCACAGGCUGCUCAACAAUACGAGGAGCAGAAGCAGCAAGAGAUGCUUGACAUGCUCCGCAAGUUCCGUACCAUGAACAUCGACUACGAGAUUGUCGGAUUCUAUCAGUCUCAUCAGUUUGGCGCUGGAUUCUCCCACGAUCUUGUAGAGUCAAUGUUCGACUACCAGGCUAUGGGACCUGAAAACGUUGUGUUGAUUUAUGAUCCAAUCAAGACUCGCCAAGGACAGCUCUCUAUUCGCGCCUGGCGUCUUUCAACCGCAGCUCUCGAUCUUGCUUCCAAGAACGACUGGCGACCAGAACUCGUUAAAUCCGCUGGGUUGACCUACCAGAACAUGUUCGAGGAACUACCGAUCAUCAUCAAGUCGUCUUAUCUCAACAACGUCCUUAUGUCUGAAUUGGCACUAUCAAAGUCAUACUCCUCGGAUAAAUACUCCACGAGACAUUUCGAUCUAGGUUCGAAAAAAUCGUUGGAAAAGUCUGUCCGUGCAAUGAUGGCCAAUGUCGACGAGUUAAACAAGUCGAUCCAAUCGUUGACCAAGUAUACCAUUGACAAGCAGCGACAUGACAACAUGGUGUUCAGCCUAACACAGAAAAGACAACAAGAGAAUGAGUCGCGCCUGGCUCGUGGUGAUCCUCCACUACCAAUGGACGACAUCAAGAGAAUCAAAGCACCACAACUUCAGACUAGAAAUGGACUUCUCGAUGAACUUCUCGCUAGUUUCGACACGAACGCUCUUGCCGACUUCUCCAAGACUGUUACCAGCGAAAACAUCACUAAAUUGUUCAUCGCUGAAGCUGUUGCUGAAGAGAAAGUUGUUGGAACCAAAGACAGAACGUUGAGUUCAGUCUCAUCUACUCGUUAA